AAUUCAUUAUUGGAAGCCACAGGUGAGUGCACGCAACAUUCAACUGAAAUAGCGUGGAACUAACUGAGAGGGGGAAAAAAAGGAAAGGAUUUCUGAGCCAUUGGAGUAUAUAUGUGGUCACUUGUGUAGUCUCUCGAACCACAAAGAUUCGACGUUAAUUCACCCCCUCCUCGCUACUACCAUCCAAUUAUUGGCAGUCACGCAAACAAGAAAGCUUGAUUACAAGCCCGAGACUGAGCUUUCAGAAGCUCGGCUAUUGCUUGAAUGCCUCCACUCCUACUUCGCAACAAGACACCUUGACGGAUCGAAUGAGUUGAAGCCAAGUCAAUCGUCAAUAACGACGGACUUCGAAUUUGCCAUGGUUCUCAAAAAGCUUCAUUCCAGAAUAAAAGACCCUCGAGAGGCACUUGAUAGCAUCGAGAAGAUUGCCGUUCUUCUCAAGGGGGUCGUAGUCAAUCGGAGGGAAGCACUCGGGCCGGACAACCUGGAAACUCUGUGGGCGUACCGCGAGUUGAUAAACGUGAGGACCAUGCGCAACAUGCUCCGAGUUCGCCGAGGAGUAAUCAAGCGUAUUGACUGGAAAAAGCUCGAGAAGCGAUCUCAGCAGAUCUACCUAUCCUUUGAUUCGCGGCUAGGAUCAUACCAUCCACGGACCCUUACUUGUCGCUUAUGGUGGUUUGCAUUUGCGGUACUCAAUGAGCCUAAAGGCUCAAAGCAAGUUGAGGAAAAGUCGAAGGAAAUUCUCCAAAUACUAUCCACUCCAGGGGUCACAGAUGAACGUUUGGUCGAAUCUAUGCAGAUGCGGAAUGUCCUUGCCGACUUGCUGGUACAGGCAGGGUACAAUUCUGUUGCAUUAGAGUUAAUGAAGCCAGUUAAAUACCGUAUGAAAACAGAAGCAGGGGAAACGAAGACCGAUGAGGAUAACUCUCUUUCAUUCAUUCUAGAAAGUCUGGACGAUGGUCUGGAGACUACCCUUAAGUCGAUCGUUUGGCACUAAGUACUGUAAAAUAGCUCAAUUAGGUUAACAAAGAUAAUUAUGCCCC